AGUGAGAAGCCAUCCCCGUGAACAAUUAGGAGCGAGCGGAUUGACAGGUGGGCUCUGACUGUCAGGGUGACGCUGGCGGAGGGGUGGAGUAAAGGAGAGGCCGGAGAGGCAGCUGGAUGCGUCUUGUCUGUCAGUGGGAGCUGUCGGACUGCACCGCGCACUGCGCACCGCCGAUGUGCGCACAUUUCCACUGCGGAGAAAACACGGCGAGGCUCGUUGCGCUUUCUUUAGGGAACGGGGAAGGGAAAAAACAAGGGAAGAAGAAGAAGACCCAGAGGGCGGGCCUGCUCCUCGUGUUCUUUUUUUUCUGAUGAGUUUCCGAGAAAUUCGUCAAGUGUCCACAUUGACAAUCGGGCGGACAAGCGUCUCUACUGAAGCGGCGCUCGGAUACCGGAGCGGGCAGCUCGUCGGCCGGAGAGAGAGCAGCUCUCCGCGGGUCUGUCGGUGAACAGACGCACGAACACAGUCCUUGUUUCCGACGGGAGCGCAGCGAGGGGCGCUCCGGCUCCAGCAGUGUCCGCGACAUCCUCCUCCGGCUGCUCGGCAGCAGCGUCUCUCCGACUCCGCCCGCGAUGACUCUCAGUGAUCGGCAGAAGUUAACGGACGAGCGCGUUUGACCCCAAGUCCGUCGCAAUCUCCUGCCUCCUCCUUUUAUUUCCGAUUAAGAAGAAAAACAAAAAGAAGAGGAAAAAGACCAGACACGCGUAAAGACUGGACCUGGCGUGAGAGAAAGAAAGAUACAACAGUGACUUCUUCGCCCCUGCGAGGGAUCUACUCCCCUAAUUAGCCCCCACAUCCUCCAUCACCCAGCCGGAGAGCCGAGGAAGCUGCUGCUGCUGCUGGCGGCUCUGAUUUCCUCGCGUCGCACCGGUUUCCUCUGCAGCUCGUCCGCUAUUUUCGAUCUCUGCAUGAAAAGUCAAGCGGAAAGUCUCGAAGCAGCAUGCCGAGGAGAAAGCAGCAAGCCCCGCGGCGGUCAGCAGCUUAUGGACCAGAGGACGAAUUUACAGUGGACAAAAUUGAUGAAGAGGAACAUCUGCAGGAUGAUGGUCUCUCUCUGGACGGUCAAGACGCAGACUAUCUGUUCAAUGAGGACGAGGAUGGAAGAGAUCGUUUUAGCUGCCAAAACUCUCCAAUUAGCAAUGGCACUAACCCAGAUGCUGGGUAUGCCUCUCCACUUAGCACCACCAGCGAUCAACUGGUGGACCUUAAGACCAUGUCCUCCUUUAAUGAUGGUCAUGACAAGGUCGGGGAGAAGCUAGAGGAGAGCACAGAGUCCAUCAAUGGCAUCUCACUACAGGACAGUCUGGAGAAAAUGAAAACCGUCUAUGCAAACAUGAUCUCGGAUGCCUCCUGGUCCAGCAUUGCCCUGGACAUGCUUAAAAGUAAACAAGGGAACAACUUUGCAGCUAGCAAUGGCAAUGGGAGCAAUCACAAAGGGAGCAAUGGGUUCCUGAACAGUCACAGCCCAGGGAACAUCCAUGUAAAAAGUAGAAGUAGCAGUAGCAAUGCCUCCGCCACUACUAGUAUUACCACCAGCAGUAACGCCACAAGAACAGUGUCAAGCAGCAGCAACAGUGGCACUAGUUUAAAUUCUGGCGGCACAGGAGGAUUGGCCUAUGACUGGCACCAGGCAGCAUUGGCCAAAACCCUACAGCAUACUCCAUACCAACUCCUUCCUGAGCCUAGCCUUUUCAGCACCGUGCAGCUUUACAGACAGAAUAAUAAGCUCUAUGGUCCGGUGUUUACUGGUGCCAGCAAGUUCAGGUGCAAGGACUGCAGUGGAGCAUAUGACACUUUGGUUGGCCUGACAGUGCAUAUGAACGAGACAGGUCAUUACCGUGAUGACAAUAAGGAUACGGAGGAUGAUCGAAGCAAAAGGUGGUCCAAGCCACGCAAGCGUUCCCUAUUGGAGAUGGAAGGCAAAGAAGAUGCCCAGAAAGUUCUUAAAUGCAUGUACUGUGGCCACUCUUUUGAAUCCUUGCAAGACCUUAGUGUUCACAUGAUCAAAACAAAACACUAUCAGAAAGUGCCUCUAAAAGAACCAAUGCCAGCCCUCACCUCGAAGCUGGUACCCCCAACCAAAAAAAGAGCAUUUCAAGACUUGAUGUCCCCAAGCUCACCAGAGUCAGUCUCGUCUGGCAUACUCCUGGGAGAGUCUCCCAAAGACCAAAAGUUGGCCAAUCCCUAUGUCACACCUAACAAUCGAUACGGUUACCAAAAUGGUGCCAGCUAUACUUGGCAGUUUGAGGCACGCAAGGCACAAAUUCUCAAAUGCAUGGAAUGUGGCAGUUCACAUGAUACCUUGCAACAACUGACAGCCCACAUGAUGGUCACAGGGCACUUUCUUAAAGUCACAAAUUCAGCCUCUAAAAAGGGAAAGCAGUUAGUCUUUGAUCCCGUCAUUGAGGAGAAAAUUCAGUCGAUUCCUCUGCCACCAACUACCACACGACUCCCAGCCCCUAAUGGAAAGUCACAGACUGACUCACCAUUGCAGCCCUCCAGUCCUGAGGACCAAAAUGAAGAAAAGAAAGAUGAAGAGAUGGAGGAAGAGAUAAUGGAAUAUAGGGAACCGGAGAGAAAAAUCAAAGAGGAGAAAGAAGAUCCCCCUGAAAAAGCUGAUAAACCUGGAAAGGCUAGAUCUUACCAAUAUCUGAGAGAAGAAGACUUGGAAGAGACACCUAAAGGUGGCUUGGACAUCCUUAAAUCUUUAGAGAAUACAGUUUCAAGUGCCAUCAACAAGGCCCAAACAGGCACACCAACCUGGGGUGGAUAUACUAGCAUUCAUGCUGCCUAUCAGCUCCACGGAUCUUUGAGGUCUACCUUGCCCUCGUGUGCACAGGUUCAGCCUUUGUUCAGCAGCAACAGUUUGAAGGCACUGUCCUCUGAUUUAGGUACUUUGAUUAAUUCUCCAAAUAGCCCCUCUCCACCUCCAAGUCACAAGAGCAAUGUGCUGGCCAUGGAGGAGCUAGUGGAGAAAGUGACAGGGAAAAGUUUAGUAAAGAAUGAAAAAGAGGACAAACCUGUACAGAAUAAGUGCAGGCCUGCAAAGUCACCAUUGCCAAAUCCUAAGGAUAAACGGGCUUCAACCAAUACUGAACAUCUCUCGAAGGCAGUGAAAAAUUCAGCAGCAAAGGACCAGACUGAGUCAAGAGGCAAAGAUGGAGAACAGAGGGAGAGCAAAGUAGAGAGACAGAUUAAGAGGGAAGUCGAUUCACCAAAAAAGCCUGUAAGUAAUGGUUGUAAUAACCUGAGCAUCAUCACCGAUCACUCGCCUGAACAACCACUUGUGAACCCUCUCAGUGCGCUGCAGUCUAUCAUGAACAACCAUUUGGGAAAAGCUGCAAAAGUGUCUAAACCCUUCAAUGACCCCUUUGCAAUGCUUCAGAAAAUGAACAGCAACUCUCCUCAGAUAAAGACGGCAGAACCUGUGAGUCAGCAUCAUCAUGAUGGUGAUGAUGAUGAUGAUGAUCAGCCCAUGGACUUGACAAAAUCCAAGAACUCUAAUGUAAGUACCGCUAAUGGUAGUUCCACUAUACCAAACAACAACAACAACAACAGCAGCAUCAACAACAGCAAACCAGCUUUCGGCGGUUUCUCUCAGUCUCCAUCUCCACCUCUGCGGGAGAAUGCUUUGAUGGACAUUUCAGACAUGGUGAAAAAUCUGACUGGUCGUUUGACACCAAAGUCCACAACCCCAUCGUCCAUCUCUGAGAAAUCAGACAUCGAUAGCUGUACUUUUGAGGAUGGCUUGGAGGAGCUGUCUCCCAUCCAGAGACGGAAAGGUCGACAGUCAAACUGGAAUCCUCAACACCUCCUGAUUCUUCAGGCCCAGUUUGCCUCCAGCCUUCGGGAGACUCCUGAGGGAAAGUUUCUAAUAAGUGACUUGGGACCCCAGGAACGGGUCCACAUCUGUAAAUUCACUGGUCUCUCCAUGACUACUAUCUCUCAUUGGCUGGCCAAUGUAAAAUACCAGUUAAAGCGGACAGGAAGCACAAAGUUCCUAAAGAAUAUUGACUCUGGCCAACCUCUGUUUUUGUGCAGUGACUGUGCAUCCCAGUUCAGGACUCCCUCCUCUUACAUUCACCAUUUGGAGUCCCAUCUUGGGUUCACCCUGAAGGACCUCUCAAAGCUAUCCAUAGACUUACUAGAGCAGCAAGCAGUCAGCAGAACAGAGGACAAGUCUUUCAGUUCCUCUGGACUCACAGAAGAAGACACUGGCUCUAUAUACCAGUGCAAACUGUGCAAUCGGACAUUUUUGAGCAAACAUGCAAUCAAAUUGCACCUUUGCAAAACACAUGGAAAGUCGCCGGAGGACCAUCUCAUCUUUGUGAAAGAGCUGGAAAAGUUUGACAAACAAUGAAGUCAGAUAAAGCUGACAGCAUAAACAGAUUACUGUUGCACUAUGACUCUAAGCUACAAUCUGUCAUAACAGAUAGUGCCACAACUGUAUUUAGCGUCGCUGGGACGUAUCAUAUGAUGAAAACAUGGUAGCUUUAAUACCACAUACUGUAAUUAUUCAAUUAAUCAAAUGGCGGGAGCUUGCACUGUAGAGGCUCAAUAGUGUUAUAAAAGUGGAAAUCUUGGUAAUACAAAUGUACCAAAUUGGUGCAACAGCCAUGGCACUAUGUAGUCACUGACCGAUUGUUGCUUUUGUAAUGCACUGCAUCUUUUCUGAGCCUUUGGGGGAAAGUGUGUCGUAUUGAAACUGGGCCAUGCUCUUAUUUUGAUCACUGUUUCUGAAUGAUUUUUAAGAUAAAUAUAUUUCAACACAACUUGCAUAUUAUUUAUGAGACAGUUUGUGCAUGUUUUUUUAUGUAAAGCAGUGAGCAUAUUAUGUCUAAUGAAAUUUUAACCAUGAUGACAAAACUAAUAUCCCUGGUUAUCAAUUUUGGAUGCAGCCGUUUAUAUGAAGGUACAUUGCUAGGAAUUGGGCCAUGUGAAAAAUGGUGUUCUAAAAUGUUAAGGUGAUAUCAGCACUUUAGGAAAGUGUAAAUUGAUGAAGAAGUAUGGGUACAAAUAAUUGCACAUCACCAUUUUGAGUUUUUAAUCCCCUCGAUCUACAUCGAGUACAGUUGGGGGACUAACUAUGAUAUUGCUUUGUAUUUGCCAUUAAAUCACAGAAUGUCUCACAAAAUGUCAAACGUCUUUGUUUCUCUAGUAAAAUAUAAUUUCCUGGUUGUUUCAACAUGUACAGUAUUUGCAUUAGUAGGCUACCAGUUUUCUUAUUGUGAAGCUACAGUUGUAAAAUAAAUGAAGUUUAAAACUUGUAUGAAUAAUCAGCAAGUAUGUAUACAUGUAUGUCAGCAUAUCUUGCUCUUUACAGUUCAACAUUAUUUGUACUGUGCAUUUUUAUAAUGUUAUUUUCUAGAACAAAUAUGGGGGGAAAUGUACAAAGCUACAGAAUAUUGUUGGACCAUAAUGCCAUUUUUCAGUGAAAAGUAGGUCCUUUAAUGUGGUUUACAUAAAAUGACAGAACUUUACUGGCAUCUGCUCUGAUGCAUGGUACUGUACAUAACUUUGAAGAAGAAGAAAAAAAUAUUGCGCAUUGAUAGAUUUCCAGGUUUUGUCAUCAACCCAGUUAUUCAGAAUGCCAUUCUUUUAUCCUCGGUUGUAAAAUAAACUCCAUGUCCUGGA